GCAAUUUUGUUCUUUUCCAUGGAUAGUCAGUUUAAAUACUGGCCCACAACAAUAAUAUAUCAUCGCCUCUCCCAAGGCGUUAAUUCGUGCUCCUCUACUACAUACACCUAGGAAUUCUCCUCUGUUGCUUUAUAAGAUGAGAUUGAUCCAGGGAAUAGCUAAUUUUAGGCGUCUUUACGCUAAUUCUAUAGACUUGAACACAAAAUCCUACCUCUCCACGACAAAGCGUGCAUUUUGCAGGCCAAGUGAACACGCAAAGGUCGUUAACACCACCAUCACUUGUUCUCCAUUUUAUUGCAGCAAUAACUUAGGAUCGAGAUCCCAUUCAAGCAGACCCGAAAUGGAGGGGAUAGAGCAUAGGGUAAUCAAAGCCAAUGGCAUAAAUAUGCACGUCGCUGAGAAAGGGAAAGGCCCUGUAAUCCUUUUCCUCCAUGGAUUCCCAGAGCUCUGGUAUACAUGGCGCCAUCAGAUCACUGCUUUUGCCUCGCUUGGGUACCGAGCUUUGGCUCCUGACCUGCGUGGAUUUGGGGAAACGGAGGCACCCGAUGAUGCCUCCACCUAUACCAGUUUAGACGUGGUGGGGGAUCUCAUUGCUCUCCUGGAUGUUGUCGCCGCCGACCAGGACCAGGUUUUUGUCGUGGGACAUGAUUGGGGUGCCCUCAUUGCCUGGUGGUUGUGCAUGUUUAGACCAGACAGGGUUAAGGCUUUGGUUAACAUGAGUGUUGCAUUCAAUCCUAGGAACCCUAAUAUGAAACCUCUUGAAGGUCUCAGAGCUUUGUAUGGUGAUGACUACUACAUAUGCAGAUUUCAGGAGCCUGGAGUCAUAGAGGCUGAGUUCAGGGAGAUGGGAUAUGAGAGAGUUCUAAAGGGAUUCUUUACAUACCGUGAUCCAUGUCCUCUUCUUAUACCAAAAGGCAAAUAUUUUGGACAACCAGACACUCCAAUAAGCUUGCCCUCAUGGUUUUCAGAGGAAGAUUGCAAGUAUUACCUCAGCCAAUAUGAGAAGAAAGGCUUCACCGGGGCAUUGAACUAUUACCGGAAUAUAAACUUAAACUGGCAACUUACUGCACCUUGGACUGGAAGUAAAGUAAAAGUGCCGGUUAAGUUCAUUGUUGGCGACCAGGAUCUAACCUAUAACGGUCCGGGAAUCAAGGAUUACCUACACAAGGGAGGUCUUAAGAAGAAUGUUCCACUCUUGGAGCAAGUGGUUGUGAUGGAGGGAGUGGCACACUUCCUCCAAGAAGAAAACCCUGAUGAGGUCAAUAAACAUAUACAUGACUUCUUUAAUAAGUUCUAAUUCGCUAUUUAAGAUGUUUACCCCUGUUUUACUUGAAAAAUGUUAUUUCUGCCCAUUUUAAGAACUUCAGUCAAGUAUAAGAUGCAAGUAAACAUAUCACUCUAUGAAGGGUAAA